GAAUUUUAAAUUCCUAUUUUAGAAAACUUUGAUUUUUAUAUAAGAAUUUUGUAACACUUUUAUUAUUAUAUGAUUUUAUGCUUUAGUUUUUUAUUAUAAAUCUUAUUUGAGUUAAUUAUUACUUUUUAUUUGUUGGAAACAUUAUUUUUAUGCUUUUAAGUUCUUUAUGUAGUUUUGGUUUUAAUUAAAGUGUGAAUUAUUUUUAUUAAUUAUUUUGUGUUUAAAUUAUAUAUAAAAUUACAGCAAAAUUAUUCAGUCUUAACGACAAUCGGACGAUGGAAACGGUUGCUGUCGUCGGUGGGGGUCUGGUCGAUAUCUAUGAGAUGAGAGAAGACCCGCGAACUCAGGAACAUGUGGUCGGAAAGUCCAUAAACAUGGCGCUGUCCGAGAGGGGUCGGUCGGCGCUCAGAUGCCUGGGACUCGAGGACUACAUACUGGAGAACUACUCCAUCAAAAUGAAUGCCCGUCUCAUACAUGACACGAACGGCCGAAAGCGAGCCAUUCCUUACGGAAAGAAAGAUCAGUUCCUUCUGUCGAUUAGUCGCCGAUUCCUUAACGAACUAAUGCUGACUGAAGUGGAAAAGUAUAACAAUAUUAGCAUUAAUUUCAACCAUAAAUUAGUCGGCGCUAAUCUCGAUGAGGGUAUGUAUCAUAGUAUGGAGAACUGGGACUGCGGUUGUGCCUGA